AUGCUGAUCAAUCUCAAAACUUCAUCAGCUGUGUUAGAGGAACUUUGAGAAGAACAGGCUUUUUAAAAAUGGAGGAUCCUGAUGAGGACGAAGAUGAUGAACUUGAUGAAAUUAUCCAAUCUGUCUUCACCGAUGGACAAAAGGCCACGUACAAAAUAUGCAAAGAAUCGAUAUCAAAGAAAGGUCGAGUUUCUCGAGGAGACGUCCGCGGAUUGUUUGUGCCUGGUGCAACUUUGUUUCGAAAGCCUGGAAUUUCAAAUAAUUCGGCAGAAAAUGUGUGUGACGUUGCUAAUGUACCUCCGCCUGAUUACGAUGAUCAGGAUAAUGAUGACGUUGAUGGAGGGCCGGAAACGAAGCAUGAAAAAAACAUCAUUAGACACCCGAAUAAAGUCAUGUCUAACAGGAACAGUCGACGCUUUCAGAUGAGCAGUCCUGACUUAUUGAACGUCUUCGAAGCGUUGUUCGACUGCUCUAACAUGCAGACUGCCUGCUGUAAGAUCCACCACAUUGGGAGGAAUGACUCCAAGAGAAUAAACGUUUUUGCGGAGACUGAAAUAAGGACGAUAUUUAGACAAAAUGGCGAUCUGAAAAUAAACAAAAUGCAAACGAAGAGGAAAGAGAAAGACUUAGGUGUGUUUGGUGUCAGUCUUGAAACUCUUCUGACGCGUGAUUGCAAAAAAAACCCUCAUCUCAAGGUACCUCUCUUCCUACAAUCGUUGGUUACAAAAUUGGAGAAUCAUUUGGAAGAAGAAGGUAUAUUAAGAGUGCCUGGAUCACUCGCUCGAAUCAGGGAAGUAGGUCAGCAACUUGAAACGUCUGAAAACUACUCCAUCAUUCUGCAACCACUCCUCCCUCACGACCUCGUCGGCCUCCUCAAAAGGUUUUUCCGAGAUCUCCCGACUCCCAUUCUUACUCUCAACUGGCUCGAUGCUUUCUGCAAAGUUGCAGACAAUAUAAAGGAUGAGAAACUGAAGCUGCAUGCUAUUCAGACGUUGAUGUGUGUGCUUCCUGAUGUCAACAGAGCCACACUACAGGUUCUGUUUGGUUUGUUGGUGAAAAUUGUACAAAAUCCGCAGAACAAAAUGACUGAGCAGAAUAUCACGAUGAUCAUCACGCCAUCAUUAUUUCUCGUCGACUCCUUGCCAUCUGCCUCCACGCCCAUCAAUGGAUUCGACAGCCUCGCUUUCUUCUCUCCGAUUGUAAUGUACUUCUUGAAGCAUUAUAACCUCAUCUGGGAUGUACGUGCAUCUAUCUAUAUUUUUGAGUCGUUAUGUGCGCGUGUGCGCUUAUUUCUUAUCGUAUGUGAAAGAAAGAUUGAUCGAAAAUUAUUCGCUGUUUAUGUUUAA